AUGGCAGAUGAAUACCAGGAGCUAACAUUGAAAUAUUAUUGUUCUUGUUUAGUGGAAACAUUAAGCAUUUCAUACAGGACCAGACUUUGGCUGACGUCCCCUGUCUUUGGCUCUUUAGGUUCCAUGGUAGCAACAUGAAUAAAGGAAUUAACCAAUUGGUUUGAAAUUGCCCAUUUUCGAUAUAAAAUCAUCAAAUUAACCAAACUGAGCUUGAAACAGGUUUGUGCACUGAAAGAAUGCAAUUCUCAGCAGUGCAGAAGUGUAAAAAAAAGAAAAAAUCGCAUAUUUUACAUGUGUAUUCAAAUCAUUUGCAUAUUGGACACGGAAGAAAGUGUCCAAAUGUCCCAGUAAGGAUCAAGGAAUGACCCACCCACCGCCCCGCUGUGACUCAAAAGAUAAAUAAGAGACUGCGCGCAGUCUACAAGACUAGCUGAACGACUCAACCCUCGCACAGUGCUCAAACACUAUUAGACUACGAGUGGUCCCUAUUUUCACUCAGAGAUAGUAGAGCGAGCGAAACGCAAUCUCUCCCCACCGCGUCUCGCUUUUCUCGCUUGGGGUGAUUUUCACGGGCGCUCACGUUUUGCUCGCUCUACUAUCCCUGAGAAAAAAUGGGGGUACUCGUACUCUAAAAUACUAUUGACCCACCUCCUUUUACUUUACUGCGAUCCAGCCCACCCUAUUCUUUCUUACCAGUCUCUAUUAUGGGUGUAAGCAGGGAAAGAACGGAGCGCGCGAGGGUAAGCGUGUUUGCGAAGUGCGUCUACUUUCAAGCGCCCGGUACGCAGGCCCGCCCCCUCGUUAGGAGGGCGGAUAAAGGUUUGCUCGUUACAUUUGAAACCAAAAUCGGGCCCGGGGGGGGGGGGCACCCAAGAAACCUACUUUACGACUCUGAUCAUUUCAUUUCACACAAGAAAUUAAGUCUUUUAAAACUAUUUAAAACAUCAUGAAAUUUGAGUUUUUUGAAAAUACAAUGCUGGUAUCACUAUUAGGGGCACCCAACGACCAUUUUUGGUAAAAUAUCUGUUCGUAGAAGAAAAAAUUGCCUGCAACUUUCUAUAGCUUUAAGAAGGCUAAAAAUUUCUAGAUGACCGCCCCAAUCGAUGUAUAAUUUUCAAAGCUUAUCAAAUAAAUUCCCGACGAUUUUCUACUGUUUUAUUUUUCGCGAUUUCAUUCCCCAGGUUUAAUAAGCCAUUUUUCGUAGAAAAAGUAUCCUCGGAGACCCAGGGGCGGUCUGUCGGGCCGGGAGAAAAGGCGCGACGAACGUUUUCUUUUAACCCGGCCCGCUGAUCGCCCUUGGGUCUCCGACGAUGUAGAAAAGGAAACCUAAUUUUCGGAGUCGAAAAUGCGAUGGAGAGAGGAAUCAGAAAAAUUCUUGCUUUGGAAAACUUCAAAUAGCAUCUAAAAUUUUCGGGAAAAUAAUACUGAAGCCCAAAAAUUUCGAAAAGAGUCAAGUUGCCCUUAUACCCUUGCUCAUGCUCCAGUAGCCUGCGAAGCGCCAGACGCAUUUCCGGUCGUCGCUUCUCUCCCUCCGAAAAAUAGGGAGAGAAGCGACGACCGGAAAUGCGUCUGGCCCUUCGCAGGCUAUUGCAUUUGCUCCAGAGGCCCGUUCUCAAAAUACCUGGGAUGACUGUAUCAGGAAUUAGAUAAGAAAAAAAUAACCAUUUAGUGGUAAGCCGUUUGAAUUAUCUUAGCUUGCAUUGUGGCCCUUAGAGUUGUACGAACUAGCUAAGUAACUUUUUGUGUGGACUGUUGACUGAAAUUAAAGAACUGGGUCAUGUCAAUGUUUCAUGAUAUGUUUUUAAACAUUUAUCAGGGGCACCCAACGACAAUUUUUGGAAAAUAUGUGUUCGGAAGACGAUUUGUAGGAUCUGGAAUUUUCGGAACAUUUGCUGUAAAAUUUCUUGCUUGCCUGCCUAUCCUAGGAUUUUCGAACAUCUAAAAAAAUGGUAUAAUUGCCCAUUUUUAACGGAAUUUUACCCUUAAAAGGUCACCUAGCCUGCGUGGCAGGCGCAAAAAGGGGAGGGGGAGGGGGGAGGGAGAAAGGGAAAAGGGAAGGGAGCGCCUGCUCUAAGAGCCUAUGUUUUUGCAUAACGCCUACCAAUUUUCUAGUAAUUCGAUUACGCUUACUGUCAAUCAAGUGUCGCUACACUAGCCAUUGCAGAAAAGCAUUACACUCACGGACUAAAGAAAUUCGCUUAGUUAUUCAGAUCCAGAAGGCACUUUGGAGAAAAUUGGAACCCUUAUUCAGCCGUGAUAAAAAAAGCUUUACGCUUCAAAAGAGGUCAAAGAAAUUUCGCUUGCAUCAGAGGGCAAAUCCUGCCGACCAGAAAACAAUGGGCGCUUUCCAUUUACGAAAAAAACCCGGAAAUUUCGGUGGUAGCAAAAGUGGAAUUUCCGAUCGGUAAAAAGUUGUUCCAUUUGGUCGUAAACCCCGGUACGUGGCCGGGUGCCCGACCGUGGACCUGGAACUGGUACAAAAUACAAGAAACGUCAAUGGAACACGACAUUCCGUUCGGAAAUUCAAACCGGGAAAACGGGACCACCUUUUCAGAUUUUCCACUUUUUCUGGGAGUUUUCCAGUGGGACGAACCGACGAAACGUGUUCCAUUUACCGCCGAACCGGAAAUUCCGGAAAUUUUGACUAAAUGGAAAGCGCCCAAUAACUACAGUCAAUCGAUAUGUAUGUCAUGACCUCUCAGUGUGAAACAUGCGGCUAAAAUAACAUUUGCUCAGUAUAAUUGCAGAACCUUGAUAAAUUGGCUAAAUCUUUCGCUGGGUAGCCCAACAAUUCCAUCUCCUGCAACUGGUCUUCGAUAAUACUUUUCAGUGGCGAAAUGACGAGAAUCGCCGCAUUACCAUUUAGCUCUUAGUUCUUCGCGCGUACAAACAUUUGGUAGAUUAAACUCUUGCCGUAUCCGGUCCGCAAAACCGCCAGAACAUCUCUGUCGGCUAAAAGAGCCCUUACUGCUGAUUCUUGCUCUGGUUUUAAAACAGCUUCUCUACCACUAGAUAAAUUCACAUCUCUCAAAGCACUCUCUACGACAUCGACGUCUACCGCUGCCAUCUCGACUGUUUGUUGAUUUGUGAAACGGGCAUUUCAAUAUGUUACUCAUUACGGCUCAGCCAAUCAGGAAUUUGCGGACGCCAGCGUCCGCAGAUAUGAACAAAAGGGGGUUCUUAGAGCAGGCGUCCCCUCCCCCUCUCCCCAAUCCCCCUCCCCUUUUUCCCUUCCUCCCUAUCCCCUACCCCCUACCCCUUUCGACGCCUGCUACGCAGGCUAAAGGUCACCUAGAAUUUUCGGGAGCCUUUUUUCUGGCUGAGAUUUUCGAAAAGGUAAGUUUUGAUCCCUAUAUUUUCGGAUCACUAGACUUUCAGCUAGGAAAUCCGAACGGAUGAAAAAUUUUUAGGGGAUAAAAAUAUGCCUAUAUCUACCGUUUAAAUACUAAAAUACGUUCAGCAAUGCUAUGUUUAAGUGGUUUUAAACUAUAUUCUCGUCGGGUGCCCCUGAUUUAUCAACAAGUAUUCCCGAUGGAUCCGGAAUCCGUUCAUUUUGUCGGAAGGGGUGUUGUUUUUCCUCUAGAGUUACAUAAUAUGUGCGAGGUACCUUAUGGCACUGACCACAGCGCAAAAUAGGCGUUUUUGUAAAAUGAGGCAUUUUUUGUUCUGAGUGCACUCUACUUUUUAUAUUGUCUGUGGCUCCAUGUUGUUCCAUGAAGGACUUUUUCUUGGACCUACUCUGGUAAACAAACGGCUUCGCCGCGAAUUAUCAGCAACCAGGGUAGUUGCCCUAGAAUAUAUUAAAUAUCAGCAAGUCCACAGCGACGAACCAAUGAGUGGUGCCGGAUCCCCAAUCUCUCAGUUGUAGACCCGGAUUAGUACAAUAACAACUUGUAGAAAAAUAUGAAACGGCAAACAGAUCCUUACAGCAAGGCGAGGAAGAAGUAAAUAAAAGAAAAAAGAACAAAAAAUAUGUAUUUAAACAAAUUUGCCCUAGGAUGACCGAACAAAAACAAAUUUUAUAGCGCCGCUUAGAAUGUAUUCAUAGGGAUCCAAAAGUACUCUGGAUACUCUAAAAAUCGGUUUUCGAUGCAUUUAGGAGGAAACCGACGUUGGUUGUCCCUGCCUGGUCACCGCGCAUCGCCAACCUUCACGUUCUUUUUAACGUUUCCAGUCCAAAAAAACACCCUGACCUUGUUCGACACGCAAAAUAGUGAGACCGUGUACCGUAUUUUAAGUAUCUACUAAUCUAGCAUAAAUCACAAAACAGCAUGAAAACCUUAACAUACCCGCCUUGGCCAAAUAAGGGAGUGCCCCCGCCCUAACCCCCGCCUCACUCCGGGCCCUCGGCCCCGGGCUCCUGUCGAGCGCCUCGUUGUCAUGUUAGUUACUGGCCAAAAUAGCGCGGGCUCGGGUAGCUGCAGACCACGUGACUUUGAUCUUGGCUAGCUGCCUGAUUCCUGCCUCUCGCUCUGUCGCUUUGUACGCGUGGUCGGCAGUAUUCACAGAUCAGAAAGUGUUCUGGAACUUUGCCUCCAGGUAAGACUUAUCGAACCCUGCAAUUAUGAACCUCGUUUAUUGCUUUAUCCUUCCUUUCUCAAGGUAUAUAUUUUGUUUUCUUGUGAUAAAUAUGAAGAAUUUUCUUGCUUUCAUGCUUCAUUCUUUCGUCGAUGACGUAUUCCAAAAUGCAAGUUUUUAAUAUCCUUCCUUGAUAAAAGCUUAAAAUGAGAAUAAAGACUGAAGAGCUUUUGUUGAAACUUUCUCUCUCACUACAUAAAAGAAGCGUCGUGAACUGGGGUGCUUUAAGUUUGCUGACGAAAGAAUUCAAGUAAGUUAUUCGUUGGCCACGUGUAGAGAGAAAGCCAAGCUUUCACGGUAAUUUAUUCCGCGGUGUGUUUCAAAACCGCGUGGUCCCCAAUUUUCUUUUUGCAGUAAAUGAAGCUUUCGACAACGUGAGAACUAUUUAUACUUAAAAUUACAUUACCGUACUGAACUGACAGUUGUGUUGGCAGAAAAUUCUAACCAAUGCGACUUCUGCCGCCGGAAUUCCUUUCCGCCGCCAUCGCAAUGCAGCGAAGUGUCAUGGCGUCUACCGAGGAUGACAGCGUCAUUAGAUGACAAAGUCAUUGGAUGCGUGGACGAUGGAUCUAAAGAUGGGUAA